CACGUGGAGCUUAGCGGAGUGUGAUUGGUCGUAUGUAGCUGGGGCAGCCUGCAGGAGCCCGGACCCACGUGGAGCUGGCGGCCGCUGAUUGAGCCGGAGGGAGGGGCUGCACCGAGCACCGGGAGACUGGGCCCGACUGGACACCGGCUCCUCCUACCUCGGGGCCCGGACAGGUCCGCAAUAGAAAUUGAGACAAGUCACCCUACCUCCGUUUAAAGAUGUUUCCGCAAAAUAGACCCCCAACACACUUGCAAGCAUCCGUAGCAGCUGGAGCAGCAUCUGGCCCUCAGCAGAGCCUUAAACUAACAUACCCAGAGACUUUGGAUCGUAUUAAGGAAGAAUUUCAGUUCCUGCAAAGUCAGUAUCACAGUUUAAAAUUGGAGUGUGAAAAACUUGCAACUGAAAAAACGGAGAUUCAGCGACAUUAUGUCAUGUAUUAUGAGAUGUCCUAUGGUCUGAAUAUUGAGAUGCACAAACAGACCGAAAUUGCCAAACGUUUGAAUGUCAUCUGUGCCCAGUUGGUGCCUUUUUUGUCUCAAGAGCACCAGCAGCAAGUGGUUCAGGCUGUGGAGAGAGCAAAGCAAGUCACAAUGGCAGAACUGAAUGCAGCCAUUGGGCAUCAGCUACAGGCUCAACACCUUUCUCAUCAUGCUCCUCCCAUUCCUCUUACACCUCACCCAUCUAGUUUGCAACAACACGGCCUAGCUGCUGCCACUAGUGCCUCCAGUCUGCUGGCCCUCUCUGGUGUCCUUGGUCUGCAGACUCAACUGGCAAUAAAAGAGGGUCUCGCUGACUCUGAGCACAGAGACAGAGACCCAGGACCAAGCUGUGUUACUCUGCCAAAUGGGGAACGUGUACGAACAUUGUCAGAUUAUCUAAAUAGCAACAAGAAGCGUAAAACUGAAGAGAAAGACUUUGGAACAGACUAUGGCAGUGAUGCUGACCGAAGUGAGGAUAAUCUUGUAGUGGAUGAAGAUCCUGCUUCACCACAUAGUGUCCAUUCCUACUCCUCGCGAGAGAAUGGUGUGGAUAAAACAAACCUCCCAAGGAAGGAUCCUCCUCCCGCUAGCCCAAACUCCAUGACCUCAUCUAGCAGUGUGUCUCCUUCCAGGAGCAAGGACCUUCCAACGCAGGUAGAAAAGGCAGGAACCCCAGGUUUAAAAUCCAGUACUCCAAACUCCCAUAGUGACAUGAGCACCCCAGGUCCCAGUGGUGCUAGCGCAUCUCAGUUCCGGCCUCUUGGCAAAUCUGCUAUUGACCCUCUUGCUCUGGGACUCCGUGCACCACUGGGAGCACAGGGAGGCUAUCCUGCAGCGUUUAGUAUUGCUCACCCUUCUGCCAAUGCUGAGGGAGCUGGAGCCUAUGCAGGCCUUCACCUCAUGUCACCACAGAUUAAUGGAGCAGCAGCUGCUGGAACCUAUGGAAGAGCCUCUUUAGUUGGCUAUGAUCCACAUGCACACAUGCGAAGUUUAGGAGCUGCAUCUGGAAAACCGGCCUACUCUUUCCAUGUCAGUGCAGAUGGACAGAUGCAACCGGUUCCCUUUCCCCCAGAUGCCCUUAUAGGCUCUGGGAUCCCCCGACAUGCCAGGCAGCUUCACACGUUAAACCAUGGAGAAGUGGUCUGUGCCGUGACCAUAAGCAACUCUACUCGUCAUGUCUACACUGGAGGAAAAGGAUGUGUGAAAGUUUGGGAUGUAGGGCAGCCUGGUACUAAAACUCCUGUGGCACAACUUGAUUGCUUGAACCGCGACAAUUAUAUUCGCUCUUGUAAGCUACUUCCGGAUGGCCGCAGUUUGAUUGUUGGGGGAGAGGCCAGCACCUUGUCAAUAUGGGACCUAGCAUCACCUACUCCAAGGAUAAAGGCAGAAUUAACAUCCUCUGCUCCUGCUUGCUAUGCCCUUGCGAUUAGUCCAGAUGCCAAGGUCUGCUUCUCUUGCUGCUCCGAUGGAAACAUUGUUGUAUGGGACCUACAGAACCAGACCCUUGUCAGACAAUUUCAAGGACACACAGAUGGUGCCAGUUGUAUAGACAUUUCUCAUGAUGGCACCAAACUAUGGACUGGUGGUUUGGAUAAUACAGUUCGCUGCUGGGACUUGAGAGAAGGAAGGCAACUUCAACAACACGACUUUAAUUCCCAGAUCUUCUCAUUGGGCUACUGCCCUACUGGAGAGUGGUUGGCAGUUGGGAUGGAGAGCAGUAAUGUCGAGGUCCUUCACGUUUCCAAACCUGACAAGUACCAGCUGCAUCUGCAUGAGAGUUGUGUCCUGUCCUUGCAGUUUGCUUCCUGUGGUAAAUGGUUUGUAAGCACGGGAAAGGACAAUCUGUUAAAUGCAUGGCGGACUCCAUAUGGUGCCAGCAUUUUCCAGUCAAAAGAGUCUUCGUCUGUUCUGAGCUGUGACGUAUCCACUGAUGACCAGUUCAUUGUCACAGGUUCUGGUGACAAGAAAGCCACAGUAUAUGAGGUCAUCUACUGAAGACCUCUUUCUUCAGUAUCAGUCCCCCUCCUACUGCACGGACCCAUGGGGGGUGAUCAUCUGUUUGGGUUAGUUCUGUUUUUAGGUGUACAUUUUAACAGUAUCAGCCAGCGUGUAUUUAAUAAUAAAACUGGAGAAAA